UUUGCCUUUCUCACAUCCAAACAGUCAACACAAAAGGUUCAGUAAAGGUGCUUUUAAUUGUGACAGCAAGAACUUGAUGGCGAGAAACCUGGUUCCGUCUUUCAUUCUGACGAAAUUUCCCAACCAAGGGACAUAAUUCCGCCAAUACCGUUAUCCUUUGUGGUUAUCUCCCUUUCCUUAGGCUGUACUCAGACUACCUGUUCUUGGACCGGUUCCGCUCAGUGCACAACGUGUCAGCGGCCAACUUCCACAGGGAUGUCCGUGCAUCAAUCAGCAUGCUGUCUCAGUGUAACGCCACACGUCCGCUGUGGCACUGUCUCUUGGACAAGGAACUUCACAUGCGCAUACCGGUGCGGCUGAUCCCGGGUAUGUACGACAUAUUUUUGGGGAAAUGGCUGGACGUUUUCCCUCCCGGCCAGGUGCUGGUGUUGAGGAAUGAAGACUAUGCCUUGGAUAUGAAGAAGAAUAUCAAAGCAGUCUUCACGUUUCUGGGUCUUGACCCACUACCAGAGGCGGAACUUGAUCGUAUUUCUAAACUUCCUCGAAUGUUUGAAAAGACAGAGAAAGAUAAACAGCUGGGACAGAUGCUGAAUAAGACAAGGCGAAUUCUUGACAAGUUUUACGCGCCGUUUAAUAGAAACCUGGCUGGCAGAUUGCACAAUGACAAGUUUCUGUGGUCUUCCUGAAUACAUUUAAUUUUGGUCUUGUUGUUUAUUGAAAUAAUGUGUUUUGAAAAGAUAUAUAA